GGAUUGACGGGGUCCGCGUCAGAGCGCACGGAGUAGACCCGCCUCCUGGCUGUGGUGCGCUCGUUGCGUCUCUCUCCCACUGUCCGCCUCAAACCCAUAUUCCACUGGGAAAGAGAGAAAGGGGGAGAGAGAGGGAGUGAGAGAGAGCAGGACCUGGGAGAAGAGCAACGAAAGAAAAAGAGGAGAGAGAAACGGAACAACGACACAAAUGGCACUCAUGGCAGGGAUUUUGUUCACGGCCACCUUUCUUGUUUUUGGGAUUUCUACAUUUGUUUCGCCGGCACGGAUAUACCCCCCAAAUGAAGUCACGUUAUUGGACUCCAGAUCUGUACAGGGGGAGCUGGGAUGGGUCGCCAACCCGACAGAAGGAGGGUGGGAGGAAGUGAGUAUUAUGGAUGAAAAGAACAUUCCCAUCCGGACGUACCAGGUGUGUAACGUCAUGGAGCCAAACCAGAACAACUGGCUCCGCACUGACUGGAUCCCCCGAGGCGGUGCCCAGCGUGUCUACAUUGAGAUCAAGUUCACCCUGCGGGACUGCAACAGCCUCCCGGGGGUAAUGGGAACCUGCAAGGAAACCUUCAAUCUUUACUACUACGAGUCCAACAACGACAAGGAGCGCUAUAUCCGCGAGAACCAGUUUGGCAAGAUCGACACCAUCGCUGCAGACGAGAGCUUCACUCAGGUGGACAUUGGCGAUCGCAUCAUGAAGCUGAACACAGAAAUCCGGGACGUGGGCGCCUUGACCCGCAAGGGCUUCUAUUUGGCCUUCCAGGAUGUUGGAGCGUGCAUUGCGCUUGUGUCCGUCAGGGUCUUCUACAAGAAAUGUCCUCUAGCGGUGCGUAACUUGGCCCAGUUUCCUGAUACCAUCACUGGAGCGGAUACGUCCUCACUUGUGGAAGUUCGUGGCUCAUGCGUGGAUAAUUCGGAGGAGAAGGAGGUUCCAAAGAUGUACUGCGGGGCUGAUGGAGAGUGGCUGGUGCCCAUUGGGAAUUGCCUGUGUAACCCCGGAUACGAGGAGCGCAAUGCAGAAUGCCAAGCCUGCAAGAUUGGUUACUACCGCGCUCUGGCCACUGAUGGCUCCUGUUCCAAGUGUCCGCUCCACAGCUACUCCGUCAGGGAGGGAUCCACCUCCUGCGCCUGCGACAAGGGAUACUUCCGCUCUGAAACAGACCCAGCGUCCAUGCCUUGCACCCGUCCUCCGUCAGCACCCGCCAACCUCAUCUCAAAAGUGAAUGAGACCUCGGUAAACCUGGAGUGGAGCGCUCCACGGAGCUCAGGAGGACGCCAGGACUUGACGUACAACGUGGUGUGUAAGCGCUGCGGGCCAGACGGCCGGCGCUGUCAGCCCUGCGGUAACGGCAUCCAUUUCAGCCCCCAGCAGCUGAGCCUGAAGGGAACCAGGGUGUCCAUUAACGAGCUGCAGGCCCACACCAACUACACCUUCGAGGUGUGGGCAGUGAACGGAGUCUCGCCUCAGAGCCCCGGGCCGGAACAGGCCGUGUCUGUGACCGUCACCACCAACCAGGCCGCUCCCUCUCCAGUGACUUCCAUCCAGGCGAAGGAUAUCACGAGACACACCAUCUCGCUGGCCUGGCAGCCACCGGAUAGAGCCAAUGGGGUCAUCCUGGAGUAUGAGGUCAAGUACUAUGAGAAGGACCAAAAUGAAAGAAGCUACAGAAUCAUAAAAACCUCAUCGAGGAACACUGACAUCAAGGGUCUCACCCCCCUCACCUCCUAUGUCUUCCACGUGCGUGCUCGCACGGCAGCCGGCUACGGAGAAUUCAGCGGCCCGUUUGAGUUCAUGACUAACUCCGCUCCCAUUAUUGGCGAUGGGGCCAAUUCCACAGUGUUGCUGGUGUCAGUGGUGGGCAGUGUGGUCCUCCUCAUCAUCCUCAUCAGCGCUUUCGUCAUCAGCCGAAGGAGUAAAUACAGCAAGGCCAAGCAGGACUCUGAUGAAGAGAAGCACUUACAUCAAGGAGUAAGGAUAUACGUUGACCCCUUUACCUAUGAGGACCCAAACCAAGCUGUCCGUGAGUUCGCCAAAGAGAUCGAUGCCUCCUGUAUCAAGAUUGAGAAGGUUAUUGGCAUCGGGGAGUUCGGCGAGGUCUGCAGCGGCCGCCUGAAGAUGCCGGGCAAGAGGGAGAUCUGCGUGGCCAUCAAGACGCUGAAGGCCGGCUACACCGACAAGCAGAGGAGGGACUUCCUGUCCGAGGCCAGCAUCAUGGGCCAGUUCGACCACCCGAACAUCAUCCACCUGGAGGGCGUGGUCACCAAAUGUAAGCCAGUGAUGAUUAUCACGGAGUACAUGGAGAACGGAUCGCUGGAUGCAUUCCUGAGGAAGAAUGACGGUCGCUUCACCGUGAUCCAGCUGGUUGGCAUCCUGCGCGGCAUCGCAUCAGGCAUGAAGUACCUGUCAGACAUGAGCUACGUCCACCGCGACCUGGCAGCUCGCAACAUCCUGGUCAACAGCAACCUGGUGUGCAAGGUGUCCGACUUCGGCAUGUCCCGAGUGCUGGAGGACGACCCCGAGGCUGCGUACACCACCAGGGGAGGGAAGAUCCCCAUCCGCUGGACGGCCCCCGAGGCCAUCGCUUACAGGAAGUUCACCUCGGCCAGCGACGUGUGGAGCUAUGGCAUCGUCAUGUGGGAGGUGAUGUCAUACGGCGAGCGACCAUACUGGGACAUGAGCAACCAAGAUGUGAUCAAGGCUAUCGAUGAGGGCUAUCGGCUGCCCCCGCCCAUGGACUGCCCUGUGGCGCUCCACCAGCUCAUGCUGGACUGCUGGCAGCGAGAGAGGGCCGACCGGCCAAAGUUUGGACAGAUCGUCAACAUGCUGGAUAAGCUGAUCCGCAACCCAAACACUCUGAAGAGGACUGGGGGAGAGACCGCUGUCAGGCCUAACACCACCCUGCUGGAGCCAGGGAGCCCCGAGGCGUCUUCGGCCAUGGGCACAGUGGAGGAUUGGCUGCAGGCCAUUGGCAUGGAGAGAUACAGCGACAACUUCACCGCCGCCGGCUACACCACUCCAGAGGCCGUGGUCCACAUGACACAAGAGGACAUGGCUCGCAUAGGCAUCUCCUCGGCAGCGCACCAGAACAAGAUCCUGACCAGCGUCCAGGGAAUGCUGUCCCAAAUGCAACAGAUGCAAGGCAGAAUGGUUCCCGUCUGAGAGAGAUUGAGACAAAGAAUAUGGAAAAAGGAGGCAAAGCGACUUCGUUUCUUAUGAAAAAAAUAAAUAAAUAACAAAAAAGAUUAAAUAUAAAAAAAAGACAAAUAAACUAUGAAGAAAUAGUUUACCUCAUCCAUGCACUUUAAAUUGGAUCUAAAAGAAAAGAUGUUGAUGAUGAAGAAGAAAAAAAGUGGUGAAAAUGGCACUUUUUUAAAAAUCAGACCUUUACCUUGCCCUUUUUUUUGUUCGUUUGGAGAAUGGGACGCUUCUGUCUGCAGCAUUUACGGAUAGAUGGAGGGACGGCUGGAAAAGUGCUUCCGAGAGGCUAAUCUGGAGUGCCUUUAAUGGUCUGGAAGGAAAAGCGAGGGAAGGGGGAACCGUACCUUUCUUCCUCCUCUUGGGCAGAGUGUUGUUUCUGGAACUUUCUUUCUGGAAUAAUCCGCGGAGCAGAUUUUUUUGAUUUCCUGUGACUGUGUUUAUUGUACAUGAAUUGUUUCUGUGGGACUCGCAGGCUGCCCCGGCCACCAUUGUUCUCUCUCAGCUGGAUCUGUUUGGUAUCUCACAGACAAAAUGGAAGAUCCUGACCAUCAUGUGUAAACAGUGAAUCUCUGAGAGGUUGAGGGUUGGAUUCCGAGGGGAGACGGCGGUGCAGGGGAGGGCUUAUAUCAGAGUGCUUUUUGUGUUUCUUGCUCUGUUCUGGCCUUGUUUUUCUCCCAGAACGCUGUAUUUUGUUGCCCUCAGGACGUUGCUGAGAAUGUCUUUGAUGUUCCAGAGGAGCCUUCCCACUCCCCUGUCUUCCCAAAAAUGCCCUCCUACACCUCAGAUAAACACACAAUUUGAAUUCUUCCAUUCAUCUCCCCAUCUUAAUCAAAGCCCCGGGCCCCCCCGCUACUGCCGGAGCCUCCGACUCUUCCUCACCACUUCUGAUGGACAGCUGUUUGGACCAGUUGAAUUGGCUUGUUAAAUUGGACGUGAGAAUAAAGGAACUCAUUGCCAGGAUCUAUUUGGACAAAAGGAUGUAACAAAGGCAAUAUGGAUGCAGAAUGAAUCAGAAUCAUCAGCAUCAUCAUCGCCAAGAAAACAAACAAAGAAACUACACGGAGGAUUACUCAAACCGUCAUCAAGCUGCUGCCGUCCAUCACAAACAGGAUCCCGGUCUUGCUCGCCACAGCCAGAAUUCUUCCUCUUUGUCUUCCUCCUUCUUUUUCCCUCCUCUCCUUGGAGUCUCCUCCAACACCGAGACGACAAGUCCAUCCCCGAGCGUCUGGGACGUCCACUGUCACGACGUGUCAACUUGACAAACUAGCCACCACGCUCUUGUGGCCGUCCAGCGAUGUACUGGAAUUACUAUGAAUGAUUUAACAGCUCAAAAAAGAGACAAUAAGAAGAAUGUAAUAUAAUCGAGAAGCCCUGCUCCAGCGGAUAAUGUACUUUUAUUUUGAAAGUUGUUUUUCUUUUGUGAUUUUUUUUUUUUUUUUUUUUUUUUUUGGAGGGGGG